CUGGGAGGCCGGGAGGUGGCGCCCGCAAGGUCCCCGGACGGAAGAGAAAAGACUUUGUCCCCAGUUUUCGCGGAGCUUCAUCGUCCCGGCUGCGACGGGCACCCUGAGCCCCAUAACUUUCACACACAGCCUGCCAUCCCGGAGGCCCUCGGACGCCCCUCCAACUCCCCUACCCCCUAAAAUCUCUUGGACCCCUCGACUGCCUCCCCAGGCCUGCAGGAGCCCCCCCAUGGCCCGGUCGUACGGCGGCCGGGUGCUGGCCGCGAUGAUCCUGCUGGGCAUCCCGGCGGCCGUGCUGGUGGCGCUGGGCGCGCAGCUGCUGUUCCAGCUGCAGGCGGGCCGCGCGGAGCUGCGGGGACCGCGCGCCGACGGGCUGGGCCCAGAGCCGGGCACCGGCCCCGGGCUGCCCACGGAUGCUGCCGGGGCCCUGCUGCCGCUGGCCGCUGUUCUCGCUGCGCUCGCCCCAGUGCUGGGCCUCACUUGCCUGCUGCUCACCGCGCUCUGCGGCCACCUGGGUGCUGAGCUGGCGCGGGGUCCCAGUCCCAGCAGGUAGGAGGACCCGACGCUCCUCCCCAGGCUGCGCAUCCGGGCCUCAGGUCGGGGAAAGCUUCCCUCCCUCCUUCUCCUUCCCUCCCUUCCUCCCCUCUAUCCCUUCUUCCAACCUAUAUUAGUUGAAAAUUUAGAGCAGGUGCAGCCACGCUAUGACCCCCUUGUACAGAUCUGGAAACUGAGGCUGUAGGAGAGCCCAGGAUCAGCGAGCCACCGUGGGAUCGCGCUGGUCGUUUAUGGAACCCUGAGUUCUACUUACCUCCCACUUCAUGUGGAUGAGUGAAGGCCUGCGGCCCCCUGGGUGGCUGGUUCUGCUGUUAUACCCCUUUUUAACUGGUUCUCAGACAGGCCAGGCCGCCCUCUCCAGGCUGCCCGGCUUGGAAGUGGAUGAGCUGAAUUGGAACUUGACUGUGGAAGAGCCUGUGCUCUGUCCCAGGUGGGGUUGCUUCACCAGGCCCCUGAGCUCAGGGGGCACCAAGGAGGCGUCUGUCAGGGGUGCAGUGUCUGCGGAGAACCCUUCCUCGAGCCAAAGAAUCAGCUGCCUCAUAUCUGUGUUUCCCCUAGUCCAGGGUUCUGUGGAGCAGGUGGGAACUUCCACAAUUGGAGUAGA